AUGGCGGUUCCCCACGGCAAUGGAAGCAGCAGUGGUGGUUUGGGUAAAAAGGGGGGAAAGUGGUGGAUAUGGGGGUUCCUCCCUGGUAAUGGAAGCAGCAGUGGGGGUUUCGGGGGAAACAGGUGGAAGCAGGGGUGGAUAUGGGGGUUUCCCCCACUGAUCAAGUGGAAGCAGCAUGGUGGAUUCGGUAAACGGUGGGGCAUGGUGGUAUGGCGGUUCCCCACGGGACAAGUAAAAAGCAGCAUGGGGAUUCGGUGGAACAGGUGGAAGCAGUGGGGUAUGGCGGUUUUCCCGGAUCAAGGGAACAGCAGGGGGGGGUUUCGGGGAACAGGGGGAGGCAUGGGGAUAUGGGGGUUCCCCCACGGAUCAAUGGAAGCAGCAGGGGUUGGAUUCGGUGGAACGGGGGGAAGCAUGGGGAAAUUAGGGGUUUCCCCCACGGGGUCGAGUGGAGGCAGCAGUGGUGGUUCGGUGGAACAGGGGGAAGCAGUGGGGGAUAUGGGGUCCUCCACUGGUCAGGUGGAGGCAGCAGUGGGGGAUUCGGUGGAACAGGUGGGAAGCAGUGGUGGUGGAUAUGGCGGUUCCUCCAUUGGAUCAAGUGGAGGAAACAGUGGUGGAUUAGGUGGAAUAGGUGGAAGUGGGGGUUUUGAUAUUUUAUGGUGGAUCAAGUGGAGGCAGCAGUUGGUGAUCGGAGGAGCAGGUGGAAGCAGUGUGGAUAUGGCGGUUCCUCCACUGGAUCAAGUGGAAGCAGCAGUGGUGGAUUAG